UGGGAUGUCACCCUUAAAAAAACACAACAAAGAUCUGUAAGUAGUACACAGUACACACACUCUUGUCGGUGUCUUGCUCAAAAGGAAGGAUUUUGACUCGUACCCAUUUCGAUGAAAUGAAAUCACCAAUCAACAUCGAUUUUCUCCGAUCAACCCUCGCCGUCAAGCUCGCCGCGUUCUUCCUCAUCGCCGUCACUUUCUUCUACUUCGGGAAGCACUGGUCCGAUUCCGAUGGCUACAACCGCCAGCUCAUCUUCUUCAACCAGGAACCCGACCCGGAUCAGAAUCUCAAUCUUGUUGUCUCCACAUCCCCGAAUUUCAACAAAGUUUUCAAUGUCUCUGAACUCGUUGAUCUCAAUCCACCGCUUCCGCCGCUGAAGAAAAUCCAACCACCGUCGCCGCCGCCUCCUCCAUCCCCUCCGCCACCUCCGCCGCCGGUCGAGAAAUUCGGGAUCGUGAAGGAGGAUGGCACGAUGUCAGAGGAGUUUGAAGUUGGGGAUUUCGAUCCGGAGAUGGUGGAUGAUUGGGUGAACGAAACGCAGGUUGAGAGGGAGGGUUCUUCUGCUGCUCCCAAAUUUGCCAUCAAGAAAUUCGGGUUGUGCCCGAAAACCAUGAGUGAGUAUAUACCUUGUUUGGAUAAUGAAGACGCGAUUCGGAAGCUGCCUUCCACGGAGAAAGGGGAGAGGUUUGAGCGGCAUUGCCCAGAACAAGGUCGUGAGUUGAGUUGCUUGGUUCCUGCACCCAAAGGGUAUCAUGCUCCAAUUCCAUGGCCCAGAAGCAGAGAUGAGGUAUGGUUCUAUAAUGUUCCUCAUACUCGUCUUGCUGAAGAUAAAGGAGGCCAAAACUGGAUUUACAAACAAAAGGAUAAGUUUAAAUUUCCAGGAGGGGGUACGCAAUUUAUACACGGGGCAAAUGAAUACUUGGACCAUAUAUCUAAGAUGAUUCCUGAGAUUACAUUUGGUCAGCAUAUACGAGUUGUUCUUGAUGUUGGCUGUGGUGUAGCUAGUUUUGGUGCUUACUUACUGUCACGGAAUGUCGUUACUAUGUCUGUAGCUCCGAAAGAUGUUCAUGAGAAUCAGAUCCAGUUUGCUCUUGAACGUGGUGUCCCAGCAAUGGUGGCAGCAUUUGCAACUAAACGUUUAUUAUAUCCAAGUCAAGCUUUUGACUUGAUACACUGUUCACGGUGUAGAAUUAAUUGGACUCGAGAUGAUGGGAUAUUGCUGCUUGAGGUUAAUAGGAUGCUAAGAGCAGGAGGGUACUUUGUCUGGGCUGCCCAGCCAGUGUACAAGCAUGAGGAAGCUUUAGAAGAACAAUGGGAAGAGAUGCUUAAUCUUACCACUCGACUCUGCUGGAAGUUUUUGAAAAAAGAUGGGUACAUUGCAAUAUGGCAGAAACCUUCUGACAAUAGCUGCUAUCUUAACCGUGAGGCCGGAACUAAACCACCACUGUGUGACCCAAGUGAUGAUCCAGACAAUGUUUGGUAUGUAAAUCUACAAGCAUGCAUCUCUGAAUUGCCUAAGAAUGGAUAUGAAGCAAAUGUUAUUGCAUGGCCUGCACGUUUGAAAACCCCACCUAAUAGGAUCCAUAGCAUAAAACAUGAUGCCCUCAUAUCCAGAGAAGAGCUUUUCAGGGCAGAGUCAAUGUACUGGAAUGAUAUAAUAGCAAGCUACGUUCGUGCUUGGCACUGGAACAAGAUGAGAUUACGAAAUGUUAUGGACAUGCGAGCAGGUUUUGGAGGAUUUGCAGCAGCUUUGAUUGAUCUCAAGCUUAACAGCUGGGUUAUGAAUGUUGUUCCGGUUAGUGGCCCAAACACCUUGCCUGUUAUAUAUGACCGUGGAUUGAUUGGAGUUAUGCAUGACUGGUGCGAACCGUUCGACACCUAUCCGAGAACCUAUGAUUUAUUGCAUGCCGCAAACCUGCUUUCUGUUGAGAAGAAAAGAUGCAAUGUCUCAUCAAUUAUGCUUGAGAUGGAUCGGAUACUAAGACCUGGUGGAGUUGUAUACAUCCGUGAUUCUCUUUCCAUCAUGGAUGAACUUCAAGAGAUUGCCAAAGCCAUGGGUUGGCGCGUGUCAUUGCGAGAGACAUUUGAGGGGCCUCAUGCAAGUGAAAGGAUCUUGGUCUGUGAUAAGCACCUGCUACAUGCUUGAAGUCAUAGGGUAUAUGCAAUUUUUAUUUACAUUGAUCCUGCAAUUGGGAAGUCAACAGAACAUGGGAAAAAAUCAUACAUUUGAGAUAAGUAUUAUUACUUCCUUCCAACGUUGCUAGGUGGUGAGUUUGUUUACUGAUACUGCUAGGCAUAAGAUCCCUGCAAUUAGAUGGGUCAAGUGAAGUGUAUCAUUUAGCUUAUUUGUAAAAUUCAAUUUAUUUGUAUAUUCCAAAGCACUACGUCAUCUGCUAUAUUAUUCAAUUAUAUGUUCACUCCAA